AUGGCGGACCAGAGGCAACGCUCCCUCUCCACCUCCGGAGAGUCGCUGUACCGGGUUCUAGGACUGGACAAAAAUGCCACAUCCGAUGACAUAAAAAAAUGUUACAGGAAGCUAGCGCUGAAAUAUCACCCGGACAAGAACCCGGAUAACCCAGAGGCGUCUGAGAAGUUCAAGGAGAUCAACAACGCACAUGGUAUCCUGACAGACUGCACAAAGCGCAACAUCUACGACAAGUACGGGUCCCUCGGCCUUUACGUGGCCGAACAAUUCGGGGAGGAGAAUGUCAACACAUACUUUGUGCUGUCCAGCUGGUGGGCGAAGGCACUCUUCAUGUUCUGUGGCCUGAUCACAGGCUGUUAUUGCUGCUGCUGUCUUUGCUGUUGCUGUAAUUGUUGCUGUGGAAAGUGUAAACCUCGGCCCCCGGAGGGGAAGAUCCAGACUUCUACAUGUCGCCCGAAGAUUUGGAGGCACAGGUGCAAAACGACGAGCGGGAUACCUCUGAUGUCCCCGUGAUGGUACAGCCCAGCUCCGCCACCGAGACCACACAGCUCACCAGCGACUCCCACGUCAGCUACCACACCGACGCAUUCAACUGA